AUGGCAGAUUGUCAUCCGGGACCGGCGCCCGAUUGUGGCAUAUGCGGCUUUGAGUGUGCCAAACCAGAAUUUGACCAUGUUCUGGAACUCUGGCGUGCUCGAUGCGCGCGCAAGACGAUGCAGCCAAGUGGCAAAAUGCGCCCUGUGCAACAUGAAUCAUUCACGCCAGGACCUCCUAUCCCAUGGUUCUCGCUGAGUGUGAUCCCGAACGUUUCGGACAGCAUGAAGGCCUUGAAUCACCUCGUGUCAGAAGAGCAGAAGAAGGCCCAGGAAUCGAAAGGUGUGAAAAUUGUUCGGGGCAAAAGGUACAUCGUUCCCGAGAUCGUGAACUUUCGCAGGACCAAAAAGGGAAAGGCUCUGAUGCAGCAGGAGUUGCGGUUGCUGCUGGAAUUUCAGACCAAAAAUUUUCCCACAAAGCCGAUGUUGACCGUCGACCGCCUCAGUGUUCGGUUCUCCGAGCAAAACACGGUCAACACGGUGACGAUGGAAUCCCUCAUGGAGAAGGUCUUUGACUUCUUCAGCUACUACUAUCAUGAUGUGCGCAGCAAGCAAGCUUUUGGAGUUAAAGUCCAGGGAUGGCUGGUGGACGUGUGUCAGCUGCUUUGGCAGACAGCCAGGGUGAAGGAGACAGCGAUUGACAUGCCUGAUCCGAAGAGCAUCGUGCAGCGCCUCUAUGCGCCGGAGUCAAAGAAAAAGACCUGGGCUGAGAAGGAGGAAGAGCAGCGUUGGUUGCGUGAGAGACAGGAGCGAAGGCCGGUUCCUCGUCGUGCAGCGUCGCAUGGCCCCUUUCGACGCGUCGAACCUGGAGAUUCGCCCAAGGCGAUCGCCGAGAGCCAGGCAACGAGGGUUCCUGGCACCAACCAGGUCGUUCCGACGGUCACACCUGCGGCAGAAACCACCGAGGAGAUUGUCCCAGCGCCUGAGCCUGCAGAGGAGAUCGAGCCUUCAGUGCCAACGCCAGAGCAGAUCAAGGCGUUUUGUCAGUCCACGGAGGCGUUGGUCUCCUCGCCCCUGGAAGUGGCGGUUGAAGCAGAGGUCUCCUCCCUGGAGGCGGUUGAAGCAGAGGCAGCAGACAGAACGGCCGGGGAAAACUGUGUUAAGGGCUGA